AUGAAUUCAGACGCAUUUGAAAAAGACCCACUCACUCCCAAAAUAAGAUGUCUAAACUUAUUUUUGUAGGGUAUGAUAGCCAAAAAUGGUUUUAAAAAUAAUUUGGAUGCAAUAAGAUUUUUGGAGUAGGCUUUUAAAUUAGCGCCUGAAGAUGAAGAUGAUGCACUUAGGAUAAAGAUAUAAUAGAAUUUGAAGGAUAUUUCUGACGAUUCUAGAAUUGAAGUUGAAGUUCAUACUGAAAGUAAUAAAAGUGAAGCCAGUACUGCUUAAUCUUAAUAAAAUGAAGAUUCAACUGAUAUCGAGGAUUUAGAAGCUGAUCCAAAAAGACUGGCUGAAGCUAAGGAAGUGAAAGAAAUGAUUGACAGAAUGGAUAGCCUUGUCAAGCCUGGAAGCAUUUGGUAUAUUCUUUCAAUGGAGUGGGUUAAAAAGUGGCAAAAUUACACAUAUUUUGAUCAUCUCAGUGAAGACAAACCUUAAAAACUAAGCUUGCAAGAGAGAUUGUAGCAUCCUGGCAAGCUGGACAAUAGUUCAAUUAUACAGCCACUCGAUUCUAGUACCUAAAUAACAGAGCAGAUGAAGGUAAGAAUCUGGAUGAAUGUGCACUUGAAACCUAGUCUCAAAGAGGGAGUUGACUUCAUGCUAGUUAGCCCAGAGAUCUUCAACUAUGUGCAGAUUAAAUAUGGAUGUGAUCCUACUUAGAUCAUUGAGAGAAGAGGUAUCGCAGUAGGUGACGAGUACUCGGAUGAGGGAAUCGUUGAAUACUACUUCAGGCCUUUCAAAUUCUGUGUCAUUCCCAAUACUGCAACAAGGUUUUAAAACAUCAAAACUCUCUAUUUAUCAAGAAAAGAGCCAGUUUCAGAGUUGAAAAAAGCUUUGCAAAGGGCCAUCAAUCAGAGACUAUACCAAUUAAAAGACAAAUCCAUGGUUGUGUUAAUGAGGCUUUGGAGAUUCGAUUCAACCAAGUAAGACUAAAUUGAAGUGAUUGCCAAGAAGUAUAAAAACUACACUGAAGUUAAGAUUGAGGGCAGUUGCUUAAACUCUAGAGCAGAGGAUGAGAACUUAAUUAUCGAGGAACUUGAUGUAGCAGAGGAAGACCUGAUCAUUGUUGAGCUACCAAAAGGUAAGGAUACAUGGACCUUCGCACCUGAUGGAGAAGUGUAAUAGAUUGAAUAGGAAGAAGAAGCAGAAGCUGUGUCUCUUCAGCAACUUAUUGGGAAAGACUUAAAGUAAGUAUUAAAAUCCAAUUCAAGAGUUGGUAUCUGUGGCCUUCAAAACCUUGGAAACACCUGUUUUAUGAAUUCAGGUCUGCAAUGCCUGUCAAAUACCAUUGAGCUUACCAAGUACUUCUGCUUCAACUAAUACAAAUAAGAUCUAAAUCCCCAAAAUCCACUGGGUAUGGGAGGUAAGCUAGCCAUAGCUUAUGCAGAACUAAUCAAAGACAUGUGGUAAGGAAGUAGCGGUAGAACAGCUCCACAUGAGCUCAAGAAAGUAGUUGGGAAAAGAGUCACUAAGUUUAGUGGAUUCGGCUAGCAAGAUUCCUGCGAGCUUAUAAACUACGUUCUUGAUUUGAUGCACGAGGACUUGAACAGAGUCAAGAAGAAGCCAUAUGUAGAAAUGAAAGAUUCAGAGGGGAGACCAGAUGAAAUAGUGAGUGCUGAACACUGGAAUGCAUUUAUUGCAAGGAAUAAAUCGAUUAUUGUCGACCUCAUGUAUGGCCAGCUCAAGUCAACUGUUUAAUGUCUUGAGUGCAACAAUAUUUCAAUCACUUUCGAUCCAUUCCUCACUCUCUCACUUCCUAUUGCUAAACCUCACAAAAUAAGAGUUAUUUAUGUACCAUAUGAACUCUUCUCAGGUGAUAGUAAAUUACCUUGCAAAGUAUUUAGCAUUGCUGUUGAUAAGGAGACAGUAGAAGUCAUGGAAUAAAAGGUAAAUGAAUUAGUUUCAUAAUAAGAGGAGUCAAAAGAGGAAAGACAUUUAAUGUCUGUUAACUUCCAUCUUAGAACUGGAACUAUAACAACUAAGUUCAGAAAAGAUUAAUCAUGCUAGGAUAUUGAUUAAGGAACUGAAGACACUCUAAUUUUCGAAGUUAGACCACCUUAAAAAAGUGAAAUGGAAAAUUAUAAGCAAGUAGAGUUAAUAUUUAUGAAACAAGUAAAAUACGGGAAAAUAAUUUCUGGUGAACAUGUUGGAAACACUCUUCCAAGGAUGGAGUACCUACCAUUAAACAUGACUAUACUUUAGCUUAAGAAAAUGAUUUAUGAUAAAAUAAAAAAUAUCUUUAAGACAUCUCUUGAUGACCAAGACAUUAACAGAUUCAUUCUGCUACAUGUAUAUGACAAUUUACCUAUGAUUUAGGCUAGUAAAUACUCUAGAAAGAGAGCUACAUGUGAGUUCUGUAACGAUUAUCAUGGUCAAGCUGAUACAUGUGAUAUCAAGAUAAAUAAAAUAAGUGGUAAUUCAGAGGAUGGUGCCAAGUAAAUCACAAUUAAAGACAUAUUUGAUCAACUUUAAUAUAAGAGAGAUGUAAUAAUUGGUGUAAUCUUUAGAGAAGGAAGUGGUGCAAUGAUGAAGUAACUAGACCCUGAGCUAGAUCAAUCUCACUUAAAAGAAAUGAACAAGAGUAAAAAAGAGACAAUAACACUUUCAGAAUGCUUCAAAGCAUAUAGUAGAGAAGAGUUACUCACAGGAGCAGAUCAAUGGUAUUGUAACAAGUGUAAAGAGCAAAGAGAUAUUCAUAAAAAGCUUGAAUUAUUCAAGGUGCCUAAGAUUUUGAUUAUCCAACUUAAGAGGUUCUAAUCUAAAAGAAGCGCUAGUUCCAGUGGAAAAGGAGGAUAUAUGGCUUUAGCCAUGGCUCAAGUUUGCCAUCAAGAAAAGGUAGGAGACUUCGUUGAUUUUCCAGUUAACAGUCUUGAUCUUAGACCAUACAUCAAAGAUACUAGCUCAAGCGAACCUGUUUACUAUGAUUUGUACGCAAUCAGCAAUCAUUAUGGAAGUCUAAAUGGAGGGCACUACACUGCUUAUGGUCUUAAUGCUGUUCAGAAUCAAUGGUAUGAAUUCAAUGACAGCUCAGUAGGUAGAGUUUCUAACGUUAAUGAGGUGGUGACUUCUGGUGCUUAUUUGUUGUUCUAUAGACGUAGAGAGUGA